GGCUGCAAUUGAGCUCGGGUUGACUGACCCUGCUUUAAAGGAUCCAAAUAUAAUUACUAUCCGGACUUACCCUCUGCAUUUGAUGCCGUCUGCUCGACCACGUACUCCAGUUAUUCAGGAGACAGCUGUGGAUAUCUGGACUUCUGCUCAGAGCAAACCAGAGCCGAAAAAACCAGGAAAGGCUCAGCGCCAUGUUACAUUCCACCUUCCAGAAAGCCCUCAGGAGAGCGGCAGUGACAAUGUACCUAUCGAGGCAGAAGCCGGUGCCAUUGCUAUUGCCAGGCCUGGCUAUGCCCGGAGAGACUACUAUGAACACUCAACUACCCGCAGCAACUGGAGUGAAGCAGAUGGCAACUCUGACCCCGAAACUGCAAAAAGUACAUUAGCUCAAAAGAUGAACCUCCUAGCUGCAGAAAUAACUGUCCAACCAACUCUUGAAGAAGCCUCUGACAACUGUACCCAAGAAUGCCUUAUCCUUGGUCAUUCUGAUUCCUGCUGGAUGCCUGCUGCGCUGCCUCCGUGUCAGCAACCUCGUUCUGCAGAGCCUGUGGUGACCCGCCACAGUUCUCCUGCUCCACAUCUGAUCACAACCACAGCAAUGUGCCAUAACCCUCCUGAGCCCCAGCCUGCUGCUAUCUGCACCACUCCACCCCGGUCUCUGAACCAAGAACUGGGACCUGGUGCUAGGGCUGAAGCAAGGGGUGCUCAAGGAAGGGUUGUUGCUCAGGAUGACUCUCAUCAGGUCCGAAGAUGCAGUCCCAGGGCCCUGUUUUGCACAGCUGCACAUGACGACUCAAUCAAAGUUAUUCCCAUGACGACCUUCACACCUGGCCAAUCUUCACGGGGCUAUCCCAAUAUUGAAGACGAUCCCAUGUAAGGCCCAUCGGCCAAGCCAGCUAUUUACAACCUUCAGGAGAAUGUGUAUAUCAUCAAAGCAACUGAACUACGUGCAUAUUAAAAACUGCUCCACCUGUAUAUAUGUAAAUAGAAACUAAAACCGAACUAAAACUGGACUCAAUUUCAAGAGCUAGAGCUAGAUCCCUAGAGUUUCAUCCUAAGAAAAGUUUGACUAAAGUUUGUAUCAAAUAUGGAGAAACAAAAAUCCAGAAAUAAUAUUUUACAGUAGGAAAAGGGCUAUUGUGACAGAUGAAAGCUUUGUGGUUUUUGCCAUUUCUGAAUAUUUUAUCCAAAUUUCUGCCUUGGUGUGUAAAUUAUACCAACUGAUUCACAUGCUGUUCAAAAUCAACAUAGACGGUGCCACAAAGUCUCUGGUAACGCACCCCUGCUUGGUGGAUACUCAAUGUUAGAAUGCGCUGCACUGUGCCCAAAGAGACUACUGGAUUUCCAAGGGGACUUUUUUCUUUUCAGAUUGACCUUCCUAGUUUAAUGUAAGCUAUAUCAAGAAGCAUUGCAUCUGUCAUUGUUUAGCCAUUUUUCCGUUACUAAUCAGGUUUUUCUUUCCCAAGUUCAUAUUAGUUAAUGUCCCUGGAAAUUGAACACAAGAGGACUUAAAACACAAGGAAGCAGAAUAGAUUUGUGGCUGUAAACUACUGUCGCCUAGAGAAUAUGCUGGUGAUUUAAAUGUUAAUUUUACAGCACUAUAGGCACUUAUGGAAAGAUUUUCCAUAAAGGAUUCAAUAUAACUAUAGAUAACCACACACUAAGCCCAUUAGACUAAGGGAUUUUUGUCAUUCUAGCUCAACUUAUUGAAGAAAAUAACUGACAUUAUAUAGACAAAAAGCAGGAAGCAAACGUUAGAGAGAUAUAAUUAUAAAUAUACAUCAAAUAUAUUCUUGUACAGAAUUUCUAAGUGAUGUGCUGGAGGAGAUUAGGAGUUGCUGACUGCUUCUUAUGGUGAAUAAGAAACACUUGCUUCACCAUAAAAGAAAAACCAAGAAAUCCCAGACAGGAAUCAAAAGAUAUCCUUCUGUGGUAAAAAGGAAUACACUUGUGUUCCUAAGGAAAUUA